CCCCAACUCCAAUCCAAAACCGAUGCGGCUCCAAAAUCCUCCUUCCUAUAGUCGUCUCGCCGCAACCGCCGCCGUGCCCUAGAGCUGCCGCCGUUUGCCGCUCCCCGCUCGCCGCCGACGCCGCAGGCCCCCCAAACCCCCGCCGCGGCCUCUCGCGCGCGUCGCCGCCGUCCCCGCCCCACCUCGUCGGCCCCCCGCGCCGCCCCCGCCCUCCCCGCGUCCUCGGGCAUUGAUUUCCGAGGUACGAGCUCCCUCGGUCUGGUUAUCCGGCGGUUGGCCGCUUCAAUCCCGGGCUAACCCCGACGAAGUCUGCGUGCGUCCAGGCCCGUCCCUGUCCCCGGCGCAGCGGAGGCCAUGCCGACCACCCCGGACAUCGUGCUGGAGGGCGACGGCGGCGGAGGGGCCGAGAAGCCUGAGGAGGACGCCCAGGCCGCUGGAGACGACGUGGCGGCGGGGGAGACUGUGGGUGUUGCUGACGACUCUGAUCCGGCUGAUGAGAAGCCCGAGGAGGGCGCUGGCGGCGCUGGGUUGCAGUCGAAUGAGGAGGGCGCUGACGCUGUGGAUGAUCCCGCAGGCCUGGGUGCUUCCCUGGCUGAUGUCGGUUCCGACCAGACUAGUCAGGGGAUUCAUGAUGGUGCUGACGAGGCUGAUCAAUUUGGACUCGGUGCACAAGACGAUGCUCCUCUUAUUGUGGAUAGUGAUAUUGCGGUUAGUGAUUAUGGGGUGGAUGCUCAGGAUGAGGACGGGGCGCCAAUGGAUGCGGUUGCUGCAACCGAGUUAAUUGAUAGGGAUGCAGAGCUUGUCAAAGAAGACGAUGAUGUUGCAGAGGAGGGCACAGAGGUGGAUACACAUCCCUCAACUGGAAAUGACGAUGGAGAGGAAGCGGUUGCAGCAGCAAUGGAUGCUCAGGAUGAGGGGAGGCAAAUGGAUGCAGUUUCCAUCAGUAGAGAUGUCGAUGAGGAGAAAGCUGCCGGUGCGGUUGGUGUUAAUGCCACAGGUGAGGACAUACAGGUGGAUGCAGUUGACCCGACUGUAGUUGAUAGUCAGGAAAAGGAGAUCUCUUCAGCUGGUGAUGAUGGUGCAGGUGAGAAGGGCACGGCUGGAGUUGAGGGUGAAAAAGAUGUCACGGCUGCCCAAAAUGUUGCUGAAGAAGCUGAACUCGACAUGAUUGAUAAUGUUGUUGCAGAGGAGGUCACAGAGAUGGAUAUUCUUGCCUCAACUGGAAAUGGCAAUGAGGAUGAAGGGAUCGUAACAGCUGGUGAUGCUUCUGCAGAUGCGGGGACGUCGAUGGAUGCAGUUUCCAUCAGUAGAGAUGUCAAUGAGGAGAAAUGUACCGAUGCAGCUGGUGUUGGUUCCACAGAUGAGGACAUGCAGGUAGAUGAAGGCGGAGAUCAGGAAAAAGAGGCUGGUGAUGAUGUUGCAGAUGAGGAGGGUGUUGAAAAACAUGUGGUUACUAUGACUGGAGAAGAUGAAGAAGAUGAUAUGGCUGAGCAAAACAUCGCUGAAGAGGCUGACAGUGUUCCGGAAGAAGUUGACUUGGCUGGUGAUGUACCUGAAGAAGAGGAUGUGCAGAUAUAUGAGGAUGACGAUGAUGACGAACCUCCACCGUUGGCACGAAGAGGUGUAGGGCGCCCAAAACGAGGUCGUGCAUCUUCGAAGGCUCAGGCUGUGGUGAAGCCAUCUGUUAAAAGGAAGGAUGAGGAGGAGGUGUGCUUCAUUUGCUUUGAUGGUGGUGAACUUGUGAUUUGUGAUCGUAGGUUUUGUCCCAAGGCUUAUCAUCCUUCUUGUAUUAAUCGGGAUGACGAUUUCUUCAAGUCAAAGGGCCAAUGGACUUGUGGGUGGCACAUUUGUAGCAACUGUCAGAAGCCUGCUCGCCAAAUGUGUUACACAUGUACCUUCUCGUUAUGUAAAGUGUGCAUUAAAGAGACAAACUUCAUCUCUGUCAGAGGAACUAAAGGCUUCUGUGAGACAUGCCUGAAUACUGUGAUGCUGAUAGAGAACAAAGAGGAGGCAACUGAGCAAAUGGAUGUAGAUUUUGAUGACAAAGAUAGCUGGUGGUCUUUGUUCAAGGAUUAUUGGCUGAAUUUGAAAGAGAAGUUACCAUUGCCAUAUGCAGAAGUAUCAGCCGCUAGGCGUCUAAAUAAUAGAUCUCAUCUUAGUGAACUACCUGAAGCUAAUGAUGAAGAGGAGGCUAAUUCAGACAGUUCACCAAAAACGAGGGGAAAGAAGCGAUUAAAGCGUGCUGCUGACGAGGACAGCUCCAAAGGGAAAGGCACCACUCGUAAAUAUACUAAACAAGGCUCAGUUAGCCGUGAUGCUAAGCCUAAGAAGCCUAGAGGUGCAAAGGCUAGACAACUGUCAAAGCGUGCUUCAAGCAGUGAUCAUGGACCAAAAGAAUCUGAAAGUGUGGGGACAUCGACAUCCUCAGCUGAGGAUACUAGUUGGGCCUCAAAGGAGCUCUUGGAUUUUGUUGCACAUAUGAGGAAUGGUGACAAAUCAGUGCUAUCUCAGUAUGAAGUUCAACGCCUUGUACUUGAGUAUAUUGCACGUGAAAAUCUGCGGGAUCCUCGCGGGAAAAGCAUGAUAGUUUGUGAUUCUUGGCUCCAAAGUCUCUCUGGGAAAGAACGUGUUGGGCAUUUUGAAAUGCUGAAGCUUCUUGAAUCUCAUUUUCCUUUGGCUGAGGUCUCACCAGCUGAUAUCGAUGGCAACCAUGGUGGUGUUGUAGACCCUGAUCCUAGCCAGGACGCUGAUGGUAACAGUGAAGCAUCAGUUGUGAUGAGUUCAGAAAAAAGAAGGAAAUCACGGAAGUAUGAUCACAGAGCUCUGCAAACGAACCUUGAUGACUUUGCCGCGAUAGACAACCAUAAUAUCGGCUUGAUAUACCUGCGUCGCAACCUAAUGGAAGAGUUGAUAGGUGAUGCUGACACAUUUAAUGAGAAGGUUCUUGGAGCAUUUGUGAGAAUACGUAUAUCUGGUACAGGUCAAAGGCAAGACAUCUAUCGACUUGUGCAGAUUGUCGGGACUGGAACAGCUGUUGAGAAGUAUAAAUGUGGGAAAAAGGCAACUGACAUAACAUUAGAGAUACUAAACUUGGACAAGAAAGAGGUUAUUACUAUUGACAUAACCUCAAAUCAAGAAUUCACUGAGGAGGAAUGCAAACGUUUACGGCAAAGCAUAAAGUGUGGAUUCAUUUCAAGACUGACGGUGGUAAUGUUAUUGUUAUUACAUACUAUUAUGUUGUGUUUGUGUUACGGUGCACUGUUUUUCUAUUGUAACCAUCCCAUCUUCCAGGGAGAGAUUCAGGAGAAGGCAAGGGUUCUCCAGUCUGUGAAAGUCAAUGAUUGGAUUGAAAGUGAAAAGAUGCGUCUUGCGCAUCUUCGUGACCGUGCCAGCGAUAUGGGCCAUAGGAAAGAGCUUAGAGAAUGUGUAGAGAAGCUGAAGCUUCUAAGUACUCCAGAGGAGCGUGCUCGUAGGCUAAAGGAAGAACCUGAAAUACAUGCUGACCCCGCCAUGGAUCCGAAUUAUGAAUCUCCAGAAGAACCAGAGGAGGAUGCUGAGAGAAGUAGCUUCAGUAGGCCGAGAGGUUCUUUCUCUAGGAAAGAUAUCAAUCCAGUGUCUCCUGGUAAAGGAGAGGGUAGGAACGCUGCACGAGAUUCAAGAACUAACUGGGAGUCAAACCGAAACACAUGGUCAAGUACACAAUUGGAAUCGCCUCAUGGACGGAGAUCUACAUUUUCUUCUCAUGGUGAAAGUGCUGGUUACACAGGUAAAUCAGAGAGUCCAAACGUCAGUACACAAAAAGUUAAUGUGGAAGCCACGGCAGCUAAUACUCCACAUGGGCCAUCUGUUAUCUCAUCUCAAACUCUAACGGCUAAUUUAAUGUCGCCAACGCCAGCAUCACAGUCAACAGUCAAUGAGUCUGAAAAGAUAUGGCAGUACAUGGACCCCUCUAAUAAAAUCCAAGGCCCCUUUUCAAUAGUUCAGCUGCGCAAAUGGAACAGCAGUGGGUACUUCCCUCAUAAUUUGAAAAUAUGGAAGUCUAAUGAGAAGCAGGAGGACUCAAUAUUGUUGCCUGAUGCUUUGGCUGGGAAGUUUGAGAAAGACCUGCCUCCGUGGGAACCACCACUUGGUAGCUCUUCUCAAACGGACAGAGGUUACUUGAGAAGCAGCUCAGAUGUAGGUGCUAGACCCUCUGGUGACUCCCUUGUGGAAAGGACAAAAACCGGUGAACAUAUUUCAAAAUCAGCAGUUUUAAAUAAGUCACAGUCUUUCCCGGAUACAACAAAUCCUGGAACAACUGUGAUCCAGCCUGGCGCACAAAGUUAUUAUGGUACGCAGAAUCCUCAGGCAGCUUUUGCAAGCCAACAAUCUCUCAUUGAAAGUUGGAAUGCAUCCUCAAGUCAGUUUGGUGCUGCAGUAAAUCCUAUGGCACUUCCUCAGCCAACCAUAGGAGGAGGCUUUUCAGGGCAGAAUAAUGCGGUUGCAGGAAAUGUAGGUCAGCUGACUCCUGUACCAGCUCCUGCAACAGUGGGCACAGAAAUAGUUAAUUCGCAGUCUUCAGAUCGUGGACUAGCUCAGCCCGGAGCUGCGCCAUCAAACACUCAGCAAUUUGAAGAUGCAAGGAACCAAUCAACCGACGCCUCCAACACGACACAGCUGAUGACACAUGCACAAGUGGCAAACACAUCUGGCCAAGCUCAGGGGGCUGGAAAUACGAACUGGGGAUCCACACUUCAGAGUAAUGCAAACAUGGCCUGGGGAAUGAUGGGACAGACUAAUAUGAACAUGCCCUGGCCAGCACAAGGUGCCGCCAGCUACAACAUGGGUAUGACCAUGCCAACACAGCAAAAUGCAGUCCAAAACAUGGGCUGGGUCACACCAAAUCCAGGAAACACCAACUUGAAUAUGGCGUGGGCUACAAAUCAAGGCCAAGGGACUCCAAAUGCAGCUGCUAUGAUGGGAGCUCAGAUGCAAGGAGUUGCGAUGGCCCCUUGGGGCGGUGCCAUUGCGCAAGGAAAUGCAAAUUCUUAUCCUGGUUGGGUGCCCCAAGUUGGAAACGCAAGUCAAAAUGCCGGUGGCUGGAGUGCUCCUCCGCAGGGAAAUUCAGGUCCUAACCCUGUAAAUGGCACAGGCCAGGGGAAUAAUAACGUGAACUGGAAUUCACCAAGUGGGAACCCGACAUGGAACAACCAGCAGGAUUUUAAUGGUGGUGGCUCGCGUGGGAGGUCAUGGAGGCCUCAGUCUGGGGGUCGGGGGUCACGGCCGCCGUGCCAUGUCUUCCAGAGGUCUGGUCGCUGCAACAAAGAGCAUUGCUCCUAUUCCCAUACGCCAGGAGACGAGGGAUAUUCACAGAGAAACGAUCGCCACUUUGAUAGGCGGCCUUCGAGCAACGAGAGACCUCAGCAUGACAGGCGGCCUUCGAGCAACGAGAGACCUCAGCAUGACAGGCGGCCUUCGAGCAACGAGAGACCUCAGCAUGACAGGCAAAACGAUAAACAUUUUGAUCGUCAAGUGUCAGGCAGCGAGAGGCAGCAGGAUAGGCCCAACAGCAGGCAGAGCGGCUGGGAUGGCUGGGAUAACGGUGGGAAGGCUGAUAGGUCAGAAUCAAAAGAGGGGCAGUAGAACCAUGGGGGCUUCUUCUUCUGGUCCGUUCUCCUGUUUUGUUGUAUGCAGUAGCUAGCCUGCGUGUUUCUGAACCUACCUACCUGAUGCGCUGUAGCGAUUAGCAUCCUGCCCAAACUGUCAUGUGAUAGAAGAAUUGUAGCUUAAAGCAUCAUGUGCAUCCUACUCUUGUGUUUUCUUUCUUGCCUUGGAACCAAACCAAUACAUUUUCUGAAUAAAUCCUGAUGUCGGAGAUGCAAGGGCUUGAGGUAGGUCCUGUUGUAA